AUGGCCCCCACAAAGAAGGGUGGUGAGAAGAAGAAAGGCUGUUCUGCCAUCAGUGAAGUGGUGACAAGAGAGCACACCAUCAGCAUUCACAAGCACAUCCAUGGAGUGGGAUUUCAGAAGCGUGCGCCUCAAACACUCAAGGAGAUCCAGAAAUUUGCCAUGAAGGAGAUGGGAACACCAAAUGUUCACAUUGACACCAGGCUUAACAAAACCAUCUGGGUCAAAGGAAUAAGGAAUGUCUCAUACCACAUCCAUGUACAGUUGUCCAGAAAACUUAAUGAGGAUGAAGAUUCCCCAGACAAGCUGUAUGCACUGGUUACCUAUUUACCUGUCACCACUUUUAAAAAGCUACAAAUCUGCACUGCAAUCCCAGAGAGUACAGGUGUUGGUGAAUACCAUUGCAAAACCUAA